UGUGCUCAAGUACAUAUAUUUUCAAGAUGGCGGACGCAUUUUAGGAAAGUCAGCAUGUCGUUUCGAAGAAUUCGUCCCCUAUUUCCUCAGGCAAAUUCAGCCUUAAUUUGUGCAAGACAAGCGUGCAACACCGGUAAAAGAAGCUUGCCUGGUUUGCAAAAUACUUUAAUUUUUCCUAGGAACAAUAGUUUAUUCGUAUCAUCAAGAUUACUUCAAAGCAAUGGGUUUGCUACAUUAGCAAGUACAGAGAAAAACUUGAUGAAAAGGGACUUACUGUAUCCCAAUAUUCUUAUAACUAUCAAGGGAUAUGACCCUGCCAUACUGGAUAGUUUUUGCCAGUUUAUACAAUCUGGAAGUCAUAUAUUUGGCCUUGAGGUCAUAAAAAAGUUUAAUUUACCCACAGAGAAGCUCCACCAAACUCUAGCUAACCUUCCUGAUAGUUAUAAAAAACAUAAAGUCAAGUAUGAGUUGAAAAAACAUGGCCGCAUGAUACAGAUCAAAGAAAUUCCAGUAGAAAAAGCUGAUAUUUGGCUUCAAUUUGUUCAAUCUAACCUUCCUGAAGGAGUAAAUAUGCACAUCGAGCUGAAAAAGUGGCAAGAUUUUGUGUCACCACCAGACCCAAGGAUUGAAGAGCAAAGAAAGCUUGACAUUUUGAGAAAAAAAGGAAAAUUAAAUGAAAAGUCAAGUUAAUGUUAAUAUUUUUCUUGUUGCUGUAUUUUAUGAUUUUUUUAUAAAACCAUCAUGCGAUAUGCAGCUAUAUGUGAAAUGCUCGGUUGAUGCAAACGAGUCAAUUAAAUCAUCAUAAAAUGCU